UACACAACAACGACAUACAACCAGUUAUACUCUUUGGAUAUGCGUAACCAUGGCAACUCAAUGCACUCACCAGAGAUGAAGAUUGACAAUCUUGUCGAAGACCUUUCAAUUUUCCUUAGAGAGAAUGACAUCCUGAAGCGCAAACACAAUGAUAACUCAUCUGUAGUCCUCGUUGGACACUCUGUAGGUGGCAAAGUCGCCAUGCUCUACAGUUUAAAACACCAACAAGAUGUUGAUGGACUGGUCUGUGCAGAUGUUGCACCUACCUGUUAUGUUGGAGUACACAAUCAUUCAUCAAAGUUCGAAGCGAUGCUCAAGGCAGCCUCAAUAUUCAAUGACAAUGAUGUUACAAGAUCAAAGAUUGAAGACAUCCUCGAGAGCUACGAACUGGACAAAGGAAAUCGCCUGUACCUAAUGAACAAUCUUGUACAAAAUACAUCCGUCGCUGGCAACAACUUUAGAUGGAGAGUUAACCUUCGUAAUCCAUGUCCACCUCUAACCAAAUACAAACAUCACCAGACACUAUACGAUCACCAAGACGAUAUGUUAAGCUUCCCUUCCGAUGAACGUAUCAAACAACUUUACAAUGACAUGUCGUCUACGACUCAUCUACCUGUAUUCAACAAGCCAGUACUGUUUGUAGGUGGCAAUGACAGUCAUUAUCUGCGGCCUCCUCAUACAUCUAGCAUCAACAAGUACUUCCCAAACCACCAGAUCACCUUCAUACCUGGCGGACACUUUGCUCACGUCCAAAGCUGUAGACAGUUCACUGACAAACUAGUAGAUUAUCUGAACACCAAUGUGGAGCUCCUCAGUCAGUCUCCAGUG